UCUCCACCCUCCAAUCUCAUCUGCUAUGUUCGUCGUGCACUAUCAGAAGCAGCAGAGCUAGAACGAUGGCUCUAAGUACCGUUUCGAGGCUCCAUUUGUCAACUUUGACCCGCUCCCCUUCUCCUCUCUAUUCCAACUACAAUAUCCUCCACAAGCUCAAAUUGACAACCGGACCCUUACCCGCAAUAUUCUUCCGACCCAAAUCCACCCUCUCGGCCGCAGAACCCAUACCCGUCUCCGAAGCCCCGGAACCGGCGCCUCUCGAAAUAUCCCUCGAGAAGCUCUUUGUGCCGCCUGAGACCGAUGUUUCGCUCGAUGACCCCAAUCUUAGGACCAGAAUCUUGAAAGGUUCGAAUAUUGUGCUGAGCAAGUACGCGAGGGACGCGCACGUUGAGCAGGCUGAGUUCGUGAAGAGCAGUGUGAGGACUGAGGAUUGCCCCUCUGAUGGGUCGCCCGAGUUCGCGCUUGUGGGUCGGUCUAAUGUAGGGAAAUCAUCGCUGCUUAAUUCGCUUGUUCGACGGAAGAAGCUUGCGCUCACAUCGAAGAAACCUGGUAAGACACAGUGCAUUAACCAUUUCCGAAUCAAUGAUAAUUGGUACUUGGUGGAUUUGCCUGGUUAUGGGUUUGCAGCUGCACCACGAGAACUUCGGACAGAUUGGAACCAGUUUACUAAAGACUAUUUCCUGAACCGUUCAACAUUGGUAUCAGUGUUUCUUCUUGUAGAUGCUAGCAUUCCUGCUAAGCAAAUUGAUCUUGAAUAUGCUAGUUGGUUGGGUCAGAAUCAGAUUCCUAUGACUUUAAUUUUCACCAAAUGCGAUAAGAGGAAGAAGAAAAAGAAUGGAGGUAGAAGGCCUGAAGAAAAUGUGAGUGACUUCCAGGAGUUAAUACGUGGGUUCUUUCAGACAACUCCACCAUAUAUUAUGACCAGCAGCGUUACCCAUCAAGGUCGUGACGAGAUACUGCUGCACAUUGCUCAACUCCGGAACUACUGGCUCAAACACUGAGGAAAGAUUGCAAUGCUAACUCUGCUGAUGACCUGUUGGCAUUCAACAAAGGAGUAAAUGGAGAGAAUGCAUAAUCUAGUUUUGAGAUGGUUAUUGUUAGAGAACAGAUUCCUGUCAUGGCUGAGGAGUACAUAUGUCCAACCGGUGCGGAUGGAAAGAGUUGAGGCAGCUCAUGUGUCCAAACUAUUGCAGAGUUAUGAAAAGCUGCAUAACCCAACACUGAUAAGGUAAAAAAAAGAGUGUUGAGAACAACAAUACUGCAGUGGCUGUAGAACAUUGAUUGAAGUGUGAAGAACUAAUUGUGGUUCUGCUGCUGUCUUAGCGUAACAAAACUCAUUGUUAAAUAAGCACUUAUUUCUGGAACCCUCAUUAUAUUUGGAA